UGCUUUUGCGCUUUUUUAUUGUGUACUCGGUUUUAUUGUUUGUUGAUGUAUCGUCGGUUCUCAUACUUGUUUAUUAUGUCUAUCACAAUUGAGUUGAACAAAAAGCAAUUAGAUCAGAAAUUAAAAAUUCAUUAUUUCCCAGCAAAAAUAGAUGGUGAGGGUGAAACUAACGCAGAUGACUAUUUUAAUAAUUAUACAAAGCAUGAACAUGGGUGUCUAAGUAAUGCUUUACGCGGUUUUCCUCUACAAGGAGAAGUUUCAACAGUACCGGAUAAUUUUAAGGCAGUAGUCUUACAAGAGACAAAUAAACCGCUCGAUGAAGACGCAGAUCGAAAACUUCGUAUAACAGGUUGCUUUGAAGACUUCACCUAUUGGAAUUACGAUAAAAUUCCUACGAAAGCAGAUCCUUAUAAACAAGUUCUACAUAUACUAGAUAUAUCAUCAGAGCUUUCAAAACCUAUAUCAGAAGCCGAAGUACAAGCUGAAAUAAAAGCAAAAAAGGAAAAAAACUCUGCAAAAGAAAACUGUUAAUACAUUAUUAUAAAGUCUGAUUCGUUUUUCUUUUUCAUGUUGCAAAAAUAUUUUAACAAAUUUGAUUGUUUUUAUUAUAAAUUAUUUAUUUUCAAAUAAAUUGUACA